GUGUCUGAAAUGGGACCAAGCCUUCAUAUGUGUCCCAAACACAAGAAAAAUGCGACUUUUCUAUUACUGGGAUCUCCUAGAAACUGGGAAUACCUGUAACUGAUCACCCAGUAGGGAACCCAAAUUGGCUUUAUUAGUAAGCGAAAUAGCAAAUAGUUUUAAGAAUGUGUUCGCGAAAGUAAGCAGCGUUUGAGCAUUCAAGAGAAACGAAUUAACCAUGGUCACACUGGAAAAACCUCUGAGAAUAAAAGAAGACUGCCAUUACAAAGCAGCUGCCGGGUACUAUGGUAUUUGUGCUGUUAGUGGAAUGCUUAGUGCUGGCACUACCCAUCUCGCCAUGACUCCUCUUGAUGUCUUAAAAGUCAACAUGCAGGUGAACCCUGUCAAGUAUAGUAGCAUUUAUUCAUGUUUUACUGCUAUAUUGAGAGAGCAAGGUCCUUCUGCUUUUUGGAGGGGUUGGGCAGGCAAGCUCAUUGGAUAUGGUGUUCAAGGUGGUUGCAGAUUUGGUUUCUAUGAAUAUUUCAAGAGCCUUUAUUCUGAUGUAUUGGAUAAUAGCAACAGGAAUUUGGUCUUCUUUAUGAGUAGUGCUUCAGCUGAAAUCUUUGCCAAUUUGGGUCUCUGUCCUUUUGAAGCUAUUAAAGUUAGAGUCCAAGCACAGCCCCAUUUUGCUAAGGGAUUGCUUGAUGGGUUUCCAAGGCUUUAUGCAUCCGAAGGUUUUCUGGGCUUUUACAGAGGGCUUGUUCCACUUUUGGCUCGAAGCCUUCCAUUCUCUAUUGUUAUGUUCUCGACAUUCGAGCAUUCUGCUGAUUUUCUAUACCGUACUGUCAUUCAAAGAAGGAAGGAAGACUGCUCAAAAUCUCAACAGCUUGGGGUGACUUGUUUAGCUGGAUAUGCUGCUGGUUCUGUUGGUAGCUUUGUUUCUAAUCCUGCUGACAACAUCGUUUCUUGCCUUUAUAAUAGAAAAGCUGAUAGUCUCUUACUGGCUAUCAAGAAAAUUGGGUUCUCUAACUUAUUGACAAGAAGCCUUCCUAUCAGAAUAAUGCUUGUUGGACCUGCUGUGACCUUACAGUGGUUAUUCUAUGACACUAUCAAAGUCUUCAGCGGACUGCCUGCUAGCGGAGAAGUUAGAACUGAAGUAGAAACAGAUAGAGCAAACUAAACUCAUGAUACAAUGUAUGCAGCUAAUAUGAUCUGAAUAAGCAACUGCUGGCUACAAUACAUUUUCUUUUUGCCGUUUUGCAGGGUGGAUUGAAAAUCUUUUUGGAUGGUAGCUUUUUUUUUAUGCCCUACCAUCACUGUUCUCCCUGCAGAAAAGUGGCUUAUAGCUGAUUGCGGAGCAACCAUAUUUUUUUGUUCAAGCUUUUGACAGUAUCAUGUAUCAAAUUAAUCUCUCUGUCGGAAACCUUCAGCAUAUCUCAGUUGUGUAUACAUGUACAUAGAAAGUUGCAAGCUUUGGUGUGCCAUCCUUAUGCACAUCCUGUCUUGUACAUGUGAUGCAACUCCAAGCAAUAUCCUUGGUCUCUUUUUCUUUUUCUUUUUUCUUUUCUUACAUCAAAGAAAGGUGUGAAAAUAGAUUGGGUGGAGCCAAAUCUGCAUGUUAUUUGCCAUUUGAGCAGAGGUUCACAUUUCAAAGGA